GUCCACCUAUAUCCGGGGUUGGGUUUAGCCCGCUUAUCUAGGCGGUUAGUUGGUUGGUUCUUCUGCUCCUCUUCUCCUCCCACCUCACUUCUCAUCUUGAUCUUGCGAUCUCCGCGAGGGGAUUCGUUUUCCAGAGUUGAGAGGGAAGAGACCGAUCGAUCAGGAAGGAAGGAGGGAGGGCCAUGGGGGCGUGGUGCUCCAAGGAGAACCAGUCCGGGGGGCGGCAGCCGCACGACUACAACCACAACCACAAUCACUAUCACAAUCACAGUAACGGUGCCGCGACUGCGAGUAAAGGAGGCAAGAACCGCUACGCCAAGAUCGGCGACGAUUACCACACCCUGGAGCAGGUUACCGAUGCCCUUGCGCAUGCUGGUCUAGAAUCUUCAAAUCUGAUUGUUGGGAUUGAUUUCACAAAGAGCAACGAGUGGACAGGCAGAAUGUCAUACAACAACCGGAGCUUGCACGCGAUGGGAAACACUCCAAACCCAUAUGAGCAGGCUAUUUCUAUCAUAGGAAGAACCCUUGCACGCUUUGAUGAGGAUAACCUGAUACCAUGCUUUGGGUUUGGCGAUACAACUACUCAUGAUCAGUCAGUAUUUAGCUUCUAUCGUGAUAACCAACCGUGUGAUGGCUUUGAGCAAGCUCUUGCUCGGUACAGGGAACUCGUUCCUCAGCUUAAUCUGGCUGGUCCAACUUCAUUUGCACCAAUCAUUGAGACUGCUAUUGGAAUUGUUGAUAGUAGUGGUGGCCAGUAUCAUGUCCUGCUUAUAAUAGCAGAUGGACAGGUUACACGCAGCGUUGAAACAGGCAAUGGGCAGUUGAGCCCACAGGAAAGGGAGACCAUAGAUGCCAUUGUGAAAGCUAGUGACUACCCUCUUUCAAUUGUGCUUGUUGGGGUUGGUGAUGGGCCAUGGGACAUGAUGAGGCAAUUCGAUGAUAACAUACCUUCUCGGGCAUUUGACAAUUUUCAGUUUGUGAACUUCACACAGAUCAUGUCAAGACCUAUACCCGCAAGCAAAAAGGAGGCUGAAUUUGCUCUUUCAGCAUUGAUGGAGAUCCCAGAGCAGUUCAAGGCAGCAAUGAAUCUUCAGCUUCUUGGAAGACGAAGGGGAUUUCCAAACCGACCGGUAUUGCCUCCGCCUGUGAGCGACCGCCAACAAUACUCUGGAUGUUCAGCAGUCAAACAGACCCAAUCUACUAGCUACGGAGCAGCACCGGAAACCCCAUCAGCCCCUCAACAGGACAGUGACAUAGGCGAUCCACAGACCUGUCCAAUCUGCUGGAACCAAGCCAAGGACCUUGCUUUUGGGUGCGGCCAUCAGACGUGCUCCGACUGCGCAAAGGACCUGAAGGUGUGCCCGAUGUGCCAAAAGGCCAUCUCCGUGAGGCUGAAGCUCUACUGAAGCCCUCGAGAAGCUCAUCAUUUUGCAACAACUUGGUAGCAGUGAAAGCUGUAAAUAUAUACAGGGGUCCCUAUAGUAUGGGUGAUGGUUAAACUUAAUACCUGUGCCUGGUUAUAGCAGCAUGAAUACAGUUUGUUUUUUAAAAAAGAAACAGUCCAAAGAUCUAAAGAUUCAGUAUUUCUUUUUAAUCUGCUCAAAGUUCAUGUAGUCGUGUCAGAUAUCACUUGCAAUGACUUUUGAGGUAUUGUUAGGUAUCACUGCAUGUUGCAUAUGUUGUGUCGCUUUCCAUGCGUCGCAGAUUGGUGCGGCAUACAUUUGUAUCAUUCUGUUCGUGUUACACCAACACGAUGAAAUGGUUUAUAUGGCAGCCA